CUGUUAAAUUCGUCCCUAGAAUCACUACAAGCAGAGACAAGCAUUUUAUUUCUGCCUAAUGGUUAAGUUGACACUGACGUCAAAGAAUUUUCUUGCUUUACAUGGAAACAACAGAACCGUCUUUCUUGCUGCAUGGAGGGAGAGGCUGAGAGAAAAAGAUAUGAUAUGUGUGGAAGCUGAGUCAGUAAUCAGUAGGGAGUAGUGACCAAAAAUUAAGCAAAUGGGCAGAGCACUAUGCUACCCGAAAAGCAGACACUGAGUUCACAGAUUGAUGAGCUGAAGGCACCAAUGCACAACGAUUAGCGCCCAUGGCCCCCACCACCUAAAACCAUGGGCCUGAUUCUCCUUUGGCACUUCCUACUUACACCCUGACUUUGCUAACUUCUUCCUGUCCCGAGAAAGCUAUUGGGUAACCCCCUUCCCUUCCUACUCUUUCAUUUUAUAUAUGCGACUGAGAGAUAAAGGGUUUGUGGAUUACGUCUGACUAGAACUUCUGCAAAAUUGUUUUACAGAAUAAGAGUCCUAUCUAUGG